AUGGAAAUUACCGUAUUUUGUUUUGGUUUGUUUGUUUCUAGAAGCUCUUAUUCCUGGGUAAUAUUUGGCUACCGAGUGAAAAUAUAUAAUUCUUUGAUACGACAACUCAAAGUUAGAGAGAGAAAAACGGUUGUAUUGUGCAUGCCGGCCUGUAGAUUUUUGGCUGUAUUUUCCGAUAGAUGCCAAACAUCAGAUACGAUGGCCCCUUGUCUUUGUCCUAAAAAUGGCAAUAAAGUGAAGAAGAAGCAUCCUUUCUUUACCUUUACACCUCAUAACCCACACUCUACAAUGCAGAUCCUCUCUAUCCAAAAGCGUAUCAUCUCAAAGUGCCAGCGCCGCCAAUCCUCAACUACCAACACAGCUAGCCGUGUCUCCACAUUUACAUCAUCAAUGGGACAAUGUAUCAAAGGGCUCGCUUCAGUCAAGAAAGCUUUUAGCUGCAAAAAAGUCCAAACUACAGCCGCACCUUCUUUGAUCUCAUCUUCAUCGACGAUCUCUAAUGACUCCUAUCUUUCUGACCUUUCUGAUGACGAGCACUUUUCAAAAUCUUGCCCAGUAUCUGAAAAAUCUAUGGCCCUGGAUUCACUUAUCUUUGAUCAUCCUUCAGUCACAGUCCGCAUUAGUCCAGCUGCCUAUCGCUCAUCUUAA